UUCACAUGAAAGGCUGCUCUUAGUUGAUGACAAGACAGAGAAUUAAAGGUCUUCAUAAAUAGAAAAGGGGUACUAAAAAAAAAAAGGGCCUCUUCUAGCCAUUUGAAAUCAUUGGUCUUAUACAUUCUUUGCCAUUUGUAGAGUGGGCCUCAUCUGUAUCCCCACCCCAUUUCAAAAGCAGCUUUACAUUUAUGAAGCAGACAGGGGAGUAAGUAAAAGGAAUUAGGAGGUUUCCAAGUCAUGAGAUGUUGUUAUCUGUUGUAUGAGAGUAUCUUUCUUACAACUUAAAAGGGCCUAAAACUCUGCUUAUAUAACUAAGUUUAGUUCACCUGUAAAGGUGCCUCCUGGUAAUAAAGGCCAGAGAAGUUAUUGUGCAGAGACAGCUAAGCAGUACUUUCUCUUUCAAUGAUGCAUGUUUUUUUAUUGUUAUUGUGCAUGAAAGAGUCAAAUAGAUAAAGGCCAUUUACCUCCAGUCAAGAAGAUUGCAUUGCAGCUUGCCCAAUAGCCAAUCACUAUUCCACACACAACUGCUUAUUUUUCUUCCAUAAAUAUAGCAUCACCACUUCUUCCUGUUUCUCUACCAUGGAUUCUUCUAAGAUCCUUGAGGGUACCGGAGAAUGUAGCAGCACCGAAUCCGGGUGGACGACGUAUAUAGCUUCACCGGUCGACGAACAUGAUCAUACUGACUAUGAUGACGACGAUGACGAUGACAAUGGCAGCUUAGGCGAAAAAGCCUACAAGAAAGUUGCCCAGGAAGACGUUGACAACGUCGAUAGCGAUGACUCAAUGGCUUCUGAUGCAUCAUCUGGUCCGAGUGAUCAAGGGCAUUUAUUAGGCAGAAGUUGUGGUUUCGGCCAUGCAGGGAACAGAGCUGAAAGUAAGUAUGUUGGCAAGAAACAUAACCAACAAGAAGAGAAGAAAAAACAUCAUGAGCAGAUAAAGGCAGAAAAAGACAAGUCCGGGAACAGGGCAAACAGUGCUGGAAGGUCCAAGAAAACAUGAACAUGUCUUUUCAGGACAACAUGCGGAACCUUUCCAAGUAAGGUGUGUUUAUCCCCGGAAGGCAUAAAGCUGGUAUAUAGAUUUUGUAGGUCUUCUUUUCCAUGUAUAAUGAAAUCUUAAAUAUGGAAAAUGUCCGCAAUU